UUCCAGUUGAAGAAAGGAUGACCAUAAGAUAAGAAAUAGAGGUAAGAAGGCUGGUUCUACCUUAGUUCAAGGCAUUUUAUUCUCUAAAGCUUCCAAAAAGCACUACGCAACAUCAGACUAAGCGUAGAAUUUUCCUCUCAUUCUGUUUGUUCAAGUCCCGCGUUGGGCCCAAAAAAUGACGACCUGCCUGAGCGAAUUAUUUAAGGCAAGUUUCAGGACCUUUCAAACACACCGCUCAUCCUGCCAAGUACAAGGUAUGGAUAACUACCAGCAACCGACCCCAGGCUACUAUGGGCAGCAACCCAAUCCCGGAGACAAUCCGGUGCCGCAAUUCAAUCAGCUCUCCAUCAACACCCAACGACCUAAUCCACAGCAAAUCGACAUGCAACAUCGGCCAAGCCAGGUUGUGUGUGGACCCCUUUUAAGAUACGAAAAGAUAGACUAUGAUCAACGAUUGUGGCGUGGAUCGUGCUUGAUUGUGUCUAAUGACACUAUGCCUCCAACCAUACGAGCGAUUGUGGCCAGCGCAGACGAUUCUACCCCUUCUUCUACGCUUGAUUUCCACGGUACCUGUCUGGACAGCUUCCGAAACCAAUAUCAAUUCUGGCGGUUUCAACUUGAUAUACCCCUCAAGGAAUACCACCAGAUCGUCACCUACACUGCGUCCUGUUUUGACAAGUUAGAUAUCUUCAGCUUUCACCUCAGUGCGAUUCAAGAGUCGAUGCGCUGGGCUUUCCAUUCUUGCAAUGGAUUUUCUGAUAUUAGCCAGGAAUUAAAGGACAAGUUCGGUGAAAAGACCGCUCCAAUGUGGGCGGACCUCUUGGAGCGUCAUGACACCAUGCCAUUUCAUAUAUUAAUCGGUGGAGGUGAUCAGCUGUAUCAGGAUCGAAUGUUGAAAGAGGAGUUUAUGAACCCAUGGUUGGAGGAAAAAGAUCCUAAGAAAAGAUUGGCAAUGCAAUGUUUACCUCCUAUGCGGGAUGGAUUGGAAAACUUUUUCUUCUCCAAUUACGUCAAAUGCUUUGGACAAGAAGGCAGUCCUGUUGUAGCUAGAGCUUUCGCAUCUAUCCCUUCUGUUAAUAUGUGGGAUGAUCAUGAUAUCAUUGAUGGAUAUGGUAGCUAUCCAGCUGAUAUGCAACAAGCAGAAGUGUUCCAAGUUUUAUUUGCCAAUGCCAGUCGGUUCUAUUACCUUUUCCAGCAACAUACAACAGCUAAACUGGCACCUCAAUUUGGUAUGAUCCCCGGUUCUAAACCGAGUGCCAAUAGCAUUGUCACUACAUUGGGUCCAGAUGUAGCAGUUUUAAGCUUAGACUGCAGAGGAGAGCGCACAAAGUAUGAUAUCUGUAACCCAUUAACCUACGAUCGGAUUUUCAAGGCACUAUACGAUCUACCUUUUACCGUCAAGCACCUGGUUCUUGUGACUGGUGUUCCGUUGAUCUAUCCUAGACUGACCUUGUUCGAAAAGGCUAUGGAAGGUGCUGCUGGGUUCAACAUGGCCCAGCUGGUGGGAAAAACAGGUGCUCUGGGUGAACUCAUCAGCGGUCAACUGAACAAAUGGAAUGGAGAUCCUGAGCUUUUGGAUGAUAUGAAUGAUCACUGGACCGCUGGUUGCCAUGAAGUGGAAAGGAAAAAGCUUAUUUCGCGGCUUCAAAGAUAUGCCAGAGAUUGUUCAGUUCGAGUGUCCUUCAUUGCUGGCGAUGUUCACUGCUGUGCAGCGGGCAAACUAUACUCUAAAGACAUGCGACUCAAGGAAGAAGGAGAUCCUCAUCUCAUGUUCCAAAUCGUUUCUAGUGCUAUUGUAAAUAUUCCUCCACCACAAGCAUUAUUGGCCAUUCUGAACCAGAACUCGUCGCCCAUCUCCUUUAAUGGCAACACAGAGGAGAAAAUGUUUAAUAUCUUUAAACGAUCGCCUAAUGGCAACAAACGACAAAAGAAUACAAAGUUGAUGGGUAUGCGGAAUUACUGUGCAGCCUACUAUGAUCCAGCUACUGGCAAGAUGAAUUUCUGGAUUCAAGCUGAAGUCAGAGUUGGCGUCAAGGGCACGAUGGGAUAUUUAUUGGAUGUUCCCAAGCUCGUGUUUGGGCCCAGAGGAGGUCUUAUCCAUCAUCUGGCCCAAACUGCUCCUGUUUUACCACUAUCUCCAUCGGCAGUCCGAGACCCGUCUGCAAAUAAUAACCCUCUCCCGCCACCACCUAAGGAUAGACCUGCCCCUCCACCUCCAAUGCCACCUCGACCCGACUCCAAUUACUCUCCUAGCUAUCCUCCAUCCAUCAAUAAUGCCAAUAGCCCAUCUCGUCCAGUUGGUGGGUUUGCCUUGCCCUCAUCACAGCCAUCCAAUUUCGGAGGAGGUUUCGUUCGACCACCUGGUUACUGAGUAUAGUAAAGUGGACAGAAUGGUGUGGGAGGUUAUAGUUAAUAAACAAUUAUUUGGGCAGAGUAGCAAAAAUUACAAGGGAAAAAAAAAACAAGAGAGAGAGGGGAAACUCUUACAAUGCAAGCAUGCUGGCGCAUCGGGUAUGACUAUAAAAGAAUAAGCGGAAAGAUCAGAGUGUGCUGGUUUGACCUGUCCUCCUGCAGAUAUAUGUGCAUGGGAAACUCGACCCUUGUC